GUCCAUCCAGAUUACAGUCCUGCGUCCCAAGCAGGAAGCCAAGCCCGAGCAUGAAGCCAUGGAAGCGACCUCUGAGUCUGUAUACAGUUACAAAGGAGAAAAGCAAAGAAAAAUUAUUCUAACUGUGGAACAGAUCAGAGAUCAGCACUUUCUGAUGGUAUUAUGGGGAGCAGGGGCAGCCUGGUGUCCUCAGCUUCAAAGGAAAAAGGAUCACAUAUGGGAAUUUAAAUAUUUACUUGCCCAACGUAGUUCUAUUUCAGGUGACAUUGAACUGCACACAACUCCAUGGUCAUCCUGUGAGUGUCUGUUUGAUGAUGAUAAAAGGGCAGUUGAAUUUAAAGAGAAGUUUCAAAAAAGUGAAAAGUCUCUCAUGAAAAUGACAAAUCUGUCAACACACUUGGAGGAAAAAUGUUCAGGAGUGAUUCAGUUGAAAGCCCAUGUCUUAGACUUGAAGUUUACCAUUGCUACACCCCAGUACAGGCAACUCAUCUUAGAUGCUGACACUUCAUUAGAAUGUAUUUUGGCUUCUCUUCCUAUGAUCAUCUAUUCAGGUUGUGCAAAAUGUGGGUUGGAACUACACAUUGAUGAGAACAAGAUCUACAAGCAAUGCCUUAGUUGCUUACCAUUUAACAAAGUGAGAAAGUUCUACAGACCAGCGCUGAUGACUGCAGAAGACAAAGGAUGUGAGAUUUGUAUUCAAGUAGUGUCAGAGUUGAUGGAGAAAAUCUUCCUUAAUAUUCCUGCAGACUGGCUGAACAGAUUCAUAGUGCCUCCCUCAGAUACUACCUAUGGCAUGAUAGUGGCAGACCUGUGCCACUCGCUGCUAACAGACACUGAAGCAUCCUAUCUGUUGGACGUUAGAAGCCAUUUUGUGCUGGAUGAAAACAGCUAUCCUUUGCAACAGGAUUUCUUUCUGCUGGAUUUCCAUCCUGAUCUCUGAAGCCCUGUCCUCACAGUGACUGAUUAACAGAGACCUUAUGAACAAGCAGAUUGCAAAAAAAAAAAAAAAAAAGAGAAGAAAAAUUAAUUACCUCAUAGGAACAUAGGAGAAAGCUGUAAAAAAAAAAAAAAAAAAAAAAAAAAAACACACAGUGAAAAAGGUUUUUAUCUUUACUUUGUACCAAAAGCUAAAAGGCUAAAAAUGAAAAUCCACCAAUUGUAUAUAUUGCUUCUGUAGUAUUUUAUGAAUUGUCAUAUAGUGAUUUUAUAUCUAUAUUUUAAAGAUUUUGCAUAUAUCUUUAUUUUAAAAAUGAUUUCACCAAUGUUUUCUCCUCAUCUUCCUCUUUUCUUAGCCCCUUCAGAAAAGUCUUCUGGUGUUGAUAGACAGUGAAGUCUUAUGAACAUUGGCAGAGGAGAGGGAAGCCAUUAUUCUGUAGUGUGGUCUUAGUUGUAAGAUACUCUGUUUUUGUUAUUUCUUAUGCCUUUUCUUUGGUUCCCCUCCUCUCUCCUGCAGACAGCAGAGUCUCUUCUUCAUUUUCUCCCAGCAAUAUAGUCUUGCCUUUGUCCCACCAGAACACUUUCUCACUCAAGAAUCUCAAUUUCUGAGCCCACCAUACAAAUUGUGUAGCUAGGGACUGAUCUUCACACACAAGUCACACUGGUUUAACUAAAACUGAUAUUAAAAACUGUUGAGUUAAACUGCUGCAAACUCCUUUGUGGACCCUCUUAAAUUGAUUUAACCCUGGUAUAUAUUGAUUUAUUUUAAGUUGGCAAGAAAUUGAUUGAAGCCAAAUCAAUAUAAGCCAGAUUUCUAUCUCAUUAACACUAUCCAUGCAGGGUUUUGCACCAAUUUAAAUAGAUUUAAAAACACAUCUUCAGUUAAAUUUUGGCUCACCUUUGCAUUCAGACUGGGACUAAAACGAAUAUAUAGAAAUCAUGAGUUGACUCCCAUCUGGUCCACAGUUACACUGCUGAAGGGGCUGAUAGAGCCAGUCUGUGUGGAUAGUCCUGUGAGUGGCUUUAACAAUUUUCCCAUGUUUAGUAUUUAAGAGAAAUCUUGUCUGAGCACAGGAUUGGUAACGAGCAACUCCUGAGUUGUAAUUCUGGGUUUGUCAUUUGCUACUUCUGGUUUCAUUUAACCCUCUACCUUGUUUGUACCUUCAGCUCUAAAAUGGGAUAACCUCUCAGGAAUGUCUUGAGGAUCAGUUAAUGUUGGUAAACCACUGAGAGUGCAGAAAGUGCUGCCCAAUCUUAUCCAAGUAUAGACCUUUUUCAUCUUUGUUUUGCUGUAGUCAUCUCCCGUCUAUAUCAAGCCCAUUUUAGUUGGUUCUUAUCUCAUUGUGUUGUUGUGUUCAUAUUGAGUUUGAAAAGUUUACAGUGCAAAUAAACUAUGAAGCAUCUUGUGAUA